CGUCAUGACGCACACCAUGCGUCUCUUUUCGGGAAGAUGGCUGCUGUGUACAUGAUGCGAAACUGAAUGGACGGAAAACAUCCCAAAAUUUCUGAAAAUCCCCCCUCUUCCCUCCUCUGUGUCCCACUCCACGUCCACACACAUGCGUUUGCGUGAAAACGAAGUCGAUUUUAACCUAGUGUGAAGAACUAGGAUGAUAAUAUGACCCAGAAAAAGAAGAAGCGAGUGAAUCGCAGUUUGUUACUGGCGAAGAAGAUCAUCAUCAAGGAUGGAGGAACGCCUCAAGGCUUCGGUUCCCCCAGCGUUUAUCAUGCCGUCAUUGUCAUAUUUCUGGAGUUCUUCGCUUGGGGUUUGCUGACAGCACCUACUUUGGGAGCUCUUCAUGAAACGUUCCCGAAACACACCUUUCUCAUGAACGGCUUGGUUCAGGGGGUCAAGGGUCUGCUGUCGUUUUUAAGCGCUCCUCUGAUUGGUGCUCUGUCAGACGUGUGGGGAAGGAAGUCGUUUCUUUUACUCACCGUCUUCUUCACAUGUGCUCCAAUUCCUUUAUUAAAGAUCAGCCCAUGGUGGUACUUUGCUGUUAUCUCUGUAUCUGGAGUGUUUGCCGUUACCUUCUCAGUUAUAUUUGCCUAUGUGGCCGACAUCACCCAAGAGCAUGAGCGCAGUAUGGCUUACGGCAUGGUCUCGGCCACGUUUGCGGCGAGUCUGGUGAUCAGCCCGGCCAUCGGCGCGUAUCUGAGUCAGGUGUAUGGAGACAGUUUGGUAGUAGUUCUAGCUUCGGCCAUCGCUAUGCUGGACAUCUGCUUUAUCCUGGUGGCCGUGCCUGAAUCGCUGCCGGAAAAGAUGAGACCGGCGUCCUGGGGCGCUCCAAUCUCAUGGGAACAAGCAGACCCCUUCGCUUCUCUGAGGAAAGUGGGUCAGGACUCGACGGUUCUGCUCAUCUGUAUAACAGUGUUCCUGUCGUAUCUGCCUGAGGCUGGUCAAUACUCCAGCUUCUUCCUCUAUCUGCAACAGAUAAUGGGAUUUUCACCUGAAAGUGUUGCAGCUUUCAUCGCUGUCCUAGGAUUGCUGUCUAUUGUUGCACAGACUGUGGUGUUAAGUUUACUAAUGCGUUCCAUCGGGAACAAGAACACAAUUUUGCUGGGAUUGGGAUUUCAGAUUUUGCAACUCGCCUGGUACGGGUUUGGAUCGGAGCCUUGGAUGAUGUGGGCAGCUGGAGCUGUUGCCGCCAUGUCUAGUAUCACUUUCCCUGCUGUUAGCGCUCUGAUUUCCCGCACAGCCGAUCCGGAUCAACAAGGUGUGGGUCAGGGUAUGGUUACGGGAAUCCGUGGGCUGUGUAACGGUUUGGGUCCGGCUCUCUACGGUUUCAUCUUCUACAUUUUUCAUGUCGAGUUGGACCAAGUUCCAGAGAAAGAACCGGAUGUAACGCGUCACCAUGAUCACCACCAACAGAGUGCAAUAAUCCCGGGACCGCCGUUCCUCUUCGGUGCAUGUUCUGUGCUGCUGGCGCUCCUGGUGGCACUUUUCAUUCCUGAGCACCCUCAUAUGGGCGCUCGUGCGGGCAGCUGGAAGAAGCACACGUCACCCCACGGCCACCCGCACAGUCCCCACCCACCUGGAGAGGCCAAAGAGCCCCUCCUACAGGACACUAACGUGUGAUUGGGAGAUUCGAUGUGACUGAAUUGGCCACACCCCCUAUUCCCCAUCGAGGAAUGAACUGCGCAUGGAGGCUGUUGUCAUUUAUUGAAACGUAAAGCUAUAUCGGAGGCACGGUCAGUCUUGCACUUAGAGCUCUACCUUUCUGCAGUGUUUCAUUUAAAUACACCUGAACUUGUUAAUUAAGGUUUAGGGACAUUACAGACAGGAAGGAAAGUCUCCAUGAUUAAGACUGGGCGUCCCUGCUGAAUUACCAAUAGAGCACCACUUUUUAAAAGAAAUGUAUAUAGAAGAACAUAUAUUUAACGAUGGUUCUGUCCAAAGGCACUAUUGCAAUGGCUUGUAUUUAUUCUUUUGUGUUUUUUGUUUGUUUGUUUUUUUGCCUCUUUUUUUUUACGUUGCUCUAUUUCAACUGUCUAGAUCUUCAUUACCAUAGUUCACUCAGGGACAUUAUCCUGGUCAGGAAUGUUUCCGAACACAGUGUGUUCCCCUUAUCAGAAUGGCCUAGCGACGACAUACAAAUAACAAAAUCCAUUCAUUAAAUGCAAGCAGAUUGAAUUUGUGUAAAUCGCUCGUGAAGCUACUCGCAAGAAUUUGCAUUGAACAAACUUAUGUAAUUCAUUCGUAAAACCAUGUCGAAAAAAUUCUGUAAAUCAUUCCUUAAAACUUUUAGCAAGAAUUUGCAGAGAACAAAUUUAUGCAAGUCAUUCGUUAGCCGUUCUUAAGAACAUCAGCUAAAAGCAUUUGUGUGAAUUGUUCAUAAAAUUGCUUUCAAAUUUUUGAUUGGAACGAAUUUAGGUAAAUCCUUCAAAACACACGAUUACUAGAUUAAGUUGAACGAAUUUGAGUAACUCAUUCCUAAAACCAAUCAUAGGAAUUUGAAUCAACAAACGGUGUAAAUCUUUUCCAAAAACUAUUUCCAAGAAUAAAGCCUAGAACAAAGUUAUGCAAGUCAUUCGCAAAUUUUUUAAAUUGUGUUUGGGUUAAUCGUUCGUAAAAUUACUUGUGAAGUUUUGAGUGGAACGACUUUGUUUGAAUCGUUCACACAAAUUCAUUUUUGAGGCCCAGUGACCUUACUAAAUUAAAUGGUUUUGCUAUAAAUGUGCUGCGUUCAUGAGUUCACGAGUUUGUUAGGAAACAUAAAAUAAUUUUACGGAUUUCCAAUGCUUUGACGUGAAUGGCCUUAAUUGACAGUUCGGUUUCAGACUUUGACAAACGAACGUCGCAAUGGAAUGAUUGUGGUACAGCUUCAAAGUUUCUUUUCGUUUUCUACUCAUGUUUAAGCUGAAGCCUGUUUUCUUUAUACCACUUAGAAUCAAUGGUGCCUUUUCCCAGCUUAAAUUGUGUUGUUAAUGGAAACUGGCGAAUUUAAGUGAUGCACAAGACUCGAGAUCUGACCAGCGUCAGACUUGCGCAACUGAAAAGUCUUGCGUAAAAUAAAGGAAGAGCUGAUUCUAGAUCAGCAGUGAAACUGAAAUACGUGACGCGUCUUUUGUUUGUCUGGAUUCGCUUUCGGCCUUGUGUAGAAACAUUCUUUUAUUAAUAAUAUGUACGUUUACGCAAAUGCCAACUGACAGAAGUACAUUGAGAAACAGGAGGUGAAAUUUGCCAGUGGCCUUUCUUCAUUUUUUUGUUUUCAUAAAGACAGAUGAAUGGCUCAUUUUAAGAUUUGACAUUUGACCAAACGUGUGGAUAUUUUAUUGACGCAAGACAGGCGAGUUAAUCUGUAAUAUUAGUUGUGUGCUUUGGAUAUUUAUGAGAUGAUUUCCUGUAAAAUAUUUCCUUAGUCUCAGAAUACAGUGAGUUUUUUUUUUUUACGUUCUGUGGUUCUGUUGUGCUGUCUUCAUUAUGAAUUUUAAACAUGGUGUAUUGGUUUUUUCCGAACAAUGUAAAUAUGUCAAAGUAUCUAAACAUGCAUUUCAAUAAAAUUUAAAUAUUUUGAUGUA